AUGUCAAUUGUCGCACGCUGUUAUAGCGAAGUUCACGAAAGCGGUCAUUUGUCUGAACUAUCCAAGCUAUGUGUAAGACAGUUUAAGGACUCCCUCGAAAAUAUUUUUGAGGAGAGGACAUCAUCUCCAUGGACAAAACGAAAAAAGAGAUCGGAAUUACAAGAAGAAUUGGAUCAUUAUGGAAUUGUUCAAUUCGUGAAGAGAGAAAGUUUUGCAGAAGAAAACGAGGUUCCGCCUACAACGGAUGAUGACAAACAAAAGAAAACCAAAACAAAUAAGAAACUUAGUCUAAAAGAGUUAUUCAAAGAUCCUCCACAAGUAAAAUUAAAUGCUGAUGGAUGGCCGGAUCAAAAUGUUUAUGAUCCGUCUUUAGAUAAAAUGUUUUGGUGGCGUAAUGAUCCUGUAUUAAAUCAACAUCACGAACAUUGGCACAUGGUUAUGCCUUCUGGUACAUACAAGGGAAUUGCAAAGGAUAGGGAAGGAGAAAAUUUCAUCUACAUGCACAGGUUCAUGUUGGCCAGAUAUGACGUGAAUCGUUGGUGUCUUGGAAUGGAUCUUGUCGAACCAUUGGUGGAUUACACAACUCCGAUACCUGAAUCUUUCUAUCCGCCCCCGUUCCUAUCGCAGGAAGGCGGUGAAAGAAGGGUCCCUUUCCCCGCUCGCCCUCCCAAUCAAGUAUUUCGCGAUAUCGUUACUAGGGUUGACAAUACUGAAAUUAUAUUAACCGUUGACGAAUUAACCGAUACGCUGAACGAAAUUGAAAAAUGGAUUGAUGGCAAGACAGAUCUAAUUCAUCCAUAUAGAUUAAACUUGACUGAUGAAGAAGCGACGAAAGUUGGAUCAGAUAUCGAGGUCGUUCUACACAAUAUUGGUCACAACAUGCUUGGUUACAUUAUGCAUCCUUAUACAAUUAAUGCUCCGCCAAGUGUUCUUGUCGGCGCUCGUGCCGGAACACGUGAUCCGUUAUUUUGGAGAUGGCAUCGUCAUCUCGAUAACAUUUAUCUCAAAUGGCAGUUCCUAUUAGGACCUCGUAAUUUCAGUGACGAUAUUCCUCCUAUAACUUUUCGAGAGAAAGAUUUAAUCCUUGCUUUUACCGAUGAAUUACUUAAGGUUAAUAAGACGGGUUUGAAUGAUACAUGGGUUAAGUACGCAAAUGAGACCUUUGGUGGCGAGAAUUUCGACAAGGAUGUCUCUAAUCUUCCCGUGGUCACCAAAACGUUGGAAACUAAGAUGAAAAUUAGAGAUUAUGUUUGGUUGGAAGAUGGUCUGGAUAAAGAAAGGAUUCAAUAUUUAUAUCCAAGAGAUUGGAUAUGGUUUAUGCGCGUACAGAAUAAUUCUCCAAUGCCCGCAACUGUAACGUUUCGCAUUUUUAUUUGUCCAAUUGAAUUGGUCGACUCGACCGUUCAUUGGAUUGAAAUUGAUAAAUUCAAAAGGACUAUAGGGCCUAAUGAAAAAACCGUUGUUUCUCAAAAAUGUGAUGAAGCGGUGGCAAUUCGAAAACCAGCUCAAAAAACAACGGAACAAAUGGACGACACUACACUUCCGACGUCGAAAAGAUUACAGCUCGACAAACUUAACUUCGCUGAAGUAGCGGAAGAAAUCUUUUGUGACUGUGGAUGGCCAUAUAAUUUAAUCAUACCUCGUGGAAGCAAAUUAGGUUCAAAGUUUAAACUUUUUGUUUACGCUUCUGAUGGUACAAAUGAUUUAGUUAGAACAGAUACGCAAUGCGGUAGCGUAUUAUUAUGUGGUGGUCAAAAAUGGACGGACAAAAUCCCUGAUAUAAAACCUUUGGGUUAUCCUUUUGAUCGACCUUUUAAAGAAGGUUCGUUUUAUAAAAAUUUUGAAGGCAUGCAUAAUGUUGCUAUGACCGAUAUUACGAUUAAAUGGGUUGAAGAUUUCCCAGAAGUAUAG